AUCCCUCGAUCGACAUCCUUCUCCUCACCACGUCGAUCGGUGGCCUGGGCCUGAACCUCACCGGAGCUGACACUGUUAUUUUCGUAGAACACGACUGGAAUCCCUGCAAGGAUUUGCAGGCAAUGGAUCGUGCCCAUCGAAUCGGCCAAGAGCGGAUGGUAAACGUCUACCGUCUCAUUACUGCGGACAGUAUUGAGGAGCGCAUCAUGAGUCUGCAGGUGUUCAAGCUGCACAUUGCGCGCACAGUGGUCUCCGAGGAGAAUCAGUCCAUCACGGAGGCGGACACGGGCCGCAUCUUUGAUAAUCUCGUCUACUCCUCAUCGGCGACCGGUGCCGCUUCG